GUUUUAAGUAUCAUACCAUGGACCAGAGCAAAGAGCUUGCUGAUAUAGAUUCCGAACGGUGUCGGCGUGGUCCUUGUGACGGGCACCGCGGCACAUGCAAGGCAACGGACGGGCGUCAGUGACUCAGCGGACACAUAUCGGCCAGCUCCGUCGCCUGUCUGCCUGAUUCACCAGAAUACUCCUUGAUAACACCGAUAUGAUACCACGAUCGCUCUUCAAUUCUAUUUGGCUAUCAUUCGGCCUGGCUGCGUCCCUGCAGACAGUAGAGCGUACGAGUCGAGUAGAUUCGCUGACUCAAACCUCUCUGCGAUGACGGUCUUCCAAGACGAAGACCUCGCCGCCAUCAAAGCACUAGAGCAACGAUGGCAGGGAGAAAAGCUGAUACAAGUCAGGACUGGUAAGAUCAAGCCGGCCUUUGGCAUGAACGAGCCUUCUGCUAUUUUCAAACACGUUAGGGCUGGCCCCAUCACGGUCAGCUCCCUCGGUUGCGAAGGAGAUGAACAUGCCUACGAGUUUCAUGGAGGCCCGGAGAAAGCAUUGCUCCAGUACAGUUCGUCACACUACUCACGCUGGAAGAAGGAACUGCCUCAGAGCGAAGAUCGCUUCGUCGUUGGUGGUUUCGGUGAAAACCUCGUUGCCACAUAUGCCAACGAGCGUAAUAUGUGCAUUGGUGAUGUGGUUCAGAUCGGUACCGUCAUAGCCCAGGUCUGCGAGCCUCGACAGCCGUGCUACAAGUUGAACCACAGAUUCCAGGCCAAGGACAUCUCCAAGCGAUCACAAGACCUAUUUCGCACGGGGUGGUUUUACCGAAUCCUCAAGGAAGGCACAAUCCAGGCGGGCGACGACAUGUUCCUGCUGGAAAGACUGAAUCCGGAAUGGACCGUAGCCAGAGUCCAGUACUACCUCUACCACGACCUACGCAACGAGGAAGCGAUGCGACAAUUGGUCGAGAUCAAGGAGCUUGGUGACGAGCCCCGGACCAUUUUCGCUAAUCGACUGAAGAAGCAAUACGAAAAUCAACUUGGGCGUCUGGAAGGAGUGGCCAUGAAUAUCUGGACUGACUAUAGGCUGACUGAGAAGAAAUGGGAAACUCCAAAGAUCGUGUCGAUUGUCUUUGAAGCCACCGAACCCUCGGACACGCCUGAGAAAGUGCUUCCAGGAUCUCAUGUUCGGUUGCGCCUGAGUGGAAGGUUGGUUCGGGCAUAUUCAGUUGUCGCAGGAGAUUCCAAUCGCUUUGAGCUGGCAAUUGCCCUUAGUGGGAACAGCAGGGGAGGCUCACAGUUCAUUCACCACGAUCUUCAGCGUGGCGAUGUUCUCCAGGCCGGCAAGAUCACUUCGAGCUUUCCUCUGUCAGUGGACGCAGAUAACCACGUUUUCAUCGCUGGUGGCGUCGGCAUUACAGCUUUUAUAGCUUCGGCUCAGCACUGUCAGCAGAAGGGCUACUCAUAUCACCUGCACUAUCUCGUCCGUAGCUCCGAGGACAUUGCCCUGAAGCAGUAUCUCGAUGAGUUCCGUGAGAAUAUCACAAUCUACGACAAGUCUGUGGGCACGAUCUUCAGCGCCAGAGACGUCCUCAAUCAAGUCAAUGACAGAGCGCACAUUUACUGCUGCGGAUCCGAUCGACUGCAGGACGCCGUGACAAAGACUGCACGCUCGAUAGGAAUUGGGCCAGCCAACCUGCAUUUCGAGAAGUUCGAGAUUGCGACGUCCGGCGACCCUUUCACCGCGGAGCUCGCCGACACUAAUAAGACGAUCGAGGUGCAAGGAGAACAGACUCUUUUGGACGCAUUGCGAGAAGCGGGCUUAGAUAUACCUUCCUCUUGCGAAGCUGGGAAUUGUGGCACUUGCAGGGUGGUUGUAAAGAGCGGAAGAAUUGAGCAUCGAGGCACGGGACUGAUGGCAGACGAAAAAGGCUCUUCCAUGUUGAGCUGUGUGUCGAGAGGAGUUGGUACUAUUGUUCUAGAUCUAUGACCUCAAUUCUCAAUCAC